AUGCAAUGGGCCCAUGUUUUCAAAACUCGGGGUGAUACUAUUGAGUUCAAGCAGAUCCCCGUUGGCAAACCGGGCCCAGAUGAAGUGCUGGUUCAAGUUGAGUACUCUGGUGUUUGUCAUACCGAUCUCCAUGCCUGGAAAGGUGGACACGAGGGCGUCGGUUUGGUUGCGGCAUUCGGAUCGCAAGUGAAUGACCUCAGAAUUGGCGACUUGGUUGGAAUUCAGUGGAUUAACAGAACUUGCGGCAUAUGCGAAUUCUGCUCUACUGGAAACCAACCUCUGUGCCCCAAGCUCCAGCUUUCGGGGUACAUGGUUGACGGGACUUUCCAACAAUACUGUAUCUGCAAAGCUGACAAUGCAGUUCGCAUUCCAUCGGGCAUUUCUCUCGAGGCUGCAGCUCCGGUUCUCUGUGCAGGAAUCACAGUUUACAAGGCUCUCAAGGAAAGUAAUGUGCAACCGGGACAGACUAUCGCUAUUGUUGGCGCUGGUGGAGGAUUAGGAUCUCUAGCCUGCCAGUAUGCCAAAGCAUGCGGACACAAAGUCCUGGCUCUAUCCUCUGGAACGGCCAAGAGGGGCAUGUGUUUGUAUGACCUCGGAGCGGACUACUUUGUCGACUACAAAUCCUCAAACGUCACGGAAGAGGUGAAAAGCAUUACAGGUGGUGGACCACACGCUGUUAUGAUCGUGGCAUCUAUUGAGGAGCCAUUCCACCAGGCUACGCAGUAUGUCCGUCCCGGCGGGACCAUCGUCGCCGUCGGUCUUCCACCUGGAAAACUGUCGACCAAUAUCUUUGCUAUGGUGACUCAGAAGAUUAACAUUAAGGGAUCGUACGUGGGCAAUCGGUACGAGACCGAGGAAGCCCUUGCGAUCCUCAUUCGGGCUGGCAUCAGCGUUCAGUAUAAUGUGGUCGACUUUGCGGAGCUUCCGAAUAUCUAUGACCAAAUGGAAAAAGGGCAGAUGAAAGGUCGCGUGGUGCUCAAGGUUGGCAAAACCCCGUCACAGGGUCCUGAGAGGUUAUCUAGCUUGUGCAGAGAUCUCCAUAUCAACAACUCAAAGCAACACCAUGACAUUCCCGGAAAUCUGGUGCCAAAGUCUCUUGAGAGAGCUAUUGACAGAGCUGGGGGUGACUUUCGCUCGGACACUGUGACUGUUCCCACUGAGUCAGUGAUGCAGGCAAUCGUAAACGCCUCGACUUUCGGAGAUGACAUUUAUGACGAGGAAGGAGAUGCAGCCGUCAAUGCAUUCCAAGACAAAAUCAAAGCAUUAACAGGAAAAGAGGCAGCCCUGUUUGUCCUGUCCGGUACCCAAGGCAACCAGAUUUGUCUGCGUACGCAUCUACAACAGCCACCUCAUACGAUCCUGCUCGACUACCGCGCCCACGUUCAGGUCUGGGAGACUGGUGCUAUUCCUGUGAUGUCUCAGGCAACUGUUACAGGUAUUGAGCCGAAGAACGGAGUCCACCUCACAUUGGACGAUGUGAGAGAUAGAAUCGUGGAGGAGGGAAACUUUCAUUUCUCGCCUACUCGGAUCGUGUCCCUCGAAAAUACACUCUCUGGCUGUAUUCUCCCCCUGAAGGAUGCCAGGGAGAUUUCCAACCACGUCCGCAGCAUUCGCGUCCCACCGGGCCGCAGCCGAAUUGCCAUGCACCUCGACGGAGCACGUUUACUCGAAGGCGUGACCGCAGAAAGAGUCACCUUAAAAGAAUACCUGGACUGCUUUGACAGCGCUAGCAUCUGUCUAUCCAAGGGCUGUGGCGCCCCAAUGGGAAGCGUGAUCGUCGGAAGCAAGGAAUUCAUCGAUCGUGCGAAGUGGUUCCGGAAGAUGUUCGGAGGUGCCACUCGACAGACUGGAAUGAUGGCGGCAGCUGCUUCCGCAGCUUUGGACCACUGUCUCCCUCUGCUUCCGAAAGUCCACGCACUCACUCGCAGAGUGGCGGACUACCUCCACCGGAUCGGUUAUGAGUUUCUGUUGCCGGUCAACACGAAUAUGAUUGUCAUCGAUCUGAAGAAGACGGGCAUCCGUGCAGAGAACCUGGUGAGUUACGGCAAGAGACAUGGGUUGCUUAUUUUCCCUAGCGGACGACUGGUCUUCCACCAUCAGAUUUCGGAGGAUGGGGUUUCUCGCCUCCAGAGGGCUCUUUUGGAGCUCAUUACGGAUGAGAAGAGAGUCUAG